AUGCCUUCUUUCGCGAACGCCGACUUGGGUUCAUCCUCCGACGAAGAGGACCAUGAUUUUGUGCCUGACGCUCCAAAGUCUAGGGCGAAGAAUGGCAAGAGAGCACCGUCGACCGACGGUGAUGAUCUGGAGGUGAAGAGACUGAAACAGGAACAGGAGGAGAACGAGACUGCAGAGAGGAAGAAGCAGGCAGCUGAGGCAUUCGAGGCCCUGAAGAGGACCGCAGGGAAUGAGUCAGAGCCCAAAUCUACUGUUGAGAUGGUAGAAGUGAAGCGAAGCAGACGCUUUGCCGGCGAGAAUUUAGAGGAGACGGUCAAUCUUCCUGCGGACCAUCCAGAAGCAAUCGCCUAUCUGAACAAGGGACGUAUCGAGCCAACCAAAUCUGCACAGCCGGGACCUAGAAAGGGCCCCCUCAAGCGGAAACCUCGUCAAUCCCUUGAACAGAUGUCGGCAGCCCUUGAUAAGGGCAAAAAAAUGACCACCUUGGAAAAGUCCCAGCAUGACUGGAAGAAUCACACUGCUGCGAACAGCUCGGUCCAGGCGGAGCUUGAAGCACAUCGCCGGACGGGAGGCUAUCUCGAUAAGCAAGACUUCUUGGAUCGUGUCGGCGAUCGAAAAGAAGCCAUGAAUGCGAAACGUUAA